CAGCAUUAGCCAGUCGGCAUUCGCGGAAAGCGGACGUCGUUCGCGACAGACCAACAUGUCAUAGUUUUUCACGAUCUCGCAAACUCUCUUCUCUUCUAAUCUCUUAGUACUAGUUAGGUAUAACGAUACGUAUCAUGAUUCUAAUUUAGUAGCAAAAUUUUGGUGCUCAAAAGAUAACUAAAAAGUAUUUUUAUACUCGAACCCUGUAAUGGGACUCGUUAGGUUAGAUAUAGUAUAGUAAAUUUAUUGUAUAUUAGUGUGAUAGAAGACUUGAAGAGAUGAACUUCAUAGGCGCAGUCGGCGGUGAUGGCGACGACAGUGAUGAUAAGGAAAAGGAAGAAGAGGCGGAACGCGAACGACAGGAAGCGAUCCGCGAGGCAGAGGAGCGGCGUAAAGAAAAACACCGCAAGAUGGAGGAAGAGAGGGAGAAGAUGAGACAGGAGAUUAGGGACAAGUACAAAAUCCCCAAGAAGGAAGAGGUGGUGGAACAACAGCAGGCCGAGCCAGACAAUCCGCUGAUGAGGAAGAAAAAGACGCCCGAGGAGUUAGCAGCGGAGGCCGAACUCGAAGACCAGGACGAAUUCACUAAAUUGAAAAACACCAUCGAAACGCAAGUGAAUGAACUGAAGUCUCAGAUCGAGAGUAAGUGCGUGAUGCAGUGAACGUCGCUUCGGCGCCGUUUAAUAUAUAUUAUAUCUGAAUACAUGAUGUAGCUGUGCUAAGAUCAUUGUUACGACGAUGUUUCACAACCCGACACGAUCACAUCCACCCCCACCCGACGACACGACAAACGUUAUGUUGAACUAUCAUUCGCGCUCAAACAUAAAGUAGGAAAGAUUUGAAUUCUAAAUUUUUUUGGAACGUAGAUGGCUAGUGGCGCGUUGGUGCUUGAUAAUGAGCAAUAAUAUUUUUAUACAUUCAUAAAAUAUCGUGGAGAUCAGCCCUCUAUACAACUGUUGAAAAAGCGCAUACGUGCGUUAGGUCAAAAAGUCAUCGGCAGCAUUAGAAUGUGAAACAAUCCAAUUUUAUAUGUUGACGCUUGUGAUAUAUUGUUAUUUAAGUGUAAAGAGGAAAUAAUAUAAAUACAACUAGAACGAACGGUGUAAUAUUAUUAAAGAGGAACAUAAUUGUAUUUAUAAGGAAGUUCUUAGCACGCGUGUAUACUUGGCACUGACUGUCUAUCUCAGCGAUACUUCUCUCAUCUAUCCUCAUCUUUCGGGUACAAUUUCGAACUUACAUUGAAAUAACAAUGUAUACGUUCACUGUAAUAUAUUUGUUUUCAUCCAAAUUCCACUCGGCUUGAUGUGUUUAUCUGUCUGUACCUAUGUAGGAAGUAACGCCUCGUGUGGCUUCGCUCUGCGCUCUCUUUGAAAUGACUUCAACUUUUGCCUCUAAAUCUUUUGCAUGCGUGCUUAUGCAAUGUAUUGUGUCAAUGUAUUUCUUUUAGGUGUACAUACCUGUAAUCGACCUAGCCUUAAUAACCACAUCGAAAUAAAUAGGUACAAGACGUAUUGUUAAUAAUUAAAUCCGGGAAUUACGCCUCUGUUACGUACCUGCGUAUUCCCGUGAUUUGUCAUCGUUAUUUUCUGCAUGUCUCUAAUAUAAGAUCAAUGUUGAUUUAGAUUAAUGUAACGAUGUAGAUACACUAAUACUUGGUUGUUUUACCGUUGAACCGUGUAGCAUGGAUGAUGCCACGGUUCUGUUUACUUAUCGAUGUUUUACGCUUAGAUAUAAAGUAAAAAGUUGUGAGAGCAAAUUUUUCGAGCGAUUGACGCUGGUCUGACGUUGUGCCCGUAAAAAAUAAUAAUUGGAUCAUAUGGGAAGCCAGAGCGAAAAGGCAAAUAUGGAUGAGGAUAAUGUUGAAGGCAGAGUGGAUGGUAUAAUUACUGCUUUCACGGAUGUCGUGGUGUUUUUAUUUCGGAGCGGAUUGUUCGAAAAAUCUCCACUUAAGCUGCAAAUGCAAAAGAUUUGUUAUCGUCAAAAGCUGUGAUAUAUAAAUAAAAUACAGUAACGCUGGCGAGGCGGCCGACCGCUCGCACCCUUCCAUUCCCUUUAGCUUCUAUAACUUUCGAUCUAUCUACUAUGAGUCGUAUAACUAAUUCGUACUACACAGUCUACGGACUGCUCAUCUCCUUUGUAGGCUAUUCUUGAACUGUUUCCACAUGAAUCAGCACAUCAUGUAUUUCCAUUUUAGGUUUAAGAUUUAUUUUGUAUUAUGCAUUACAAACAUAGCAUAAUGCUUGCUAAUAAAAACCACCACUUAAUUUAUUAUAUUAAUUGUAUUGUUGCUUUUAUCGAAUCACGGUCAAUUAUAUCUAUCCUCAAUCUAUCAAUUGCAAAUUCAGAUCACGUAUACUAUUCAAUAUACAAACAUAUGUAAAUAUAACAAAUACAACAAUAAUUUCUGAUUGUUUACCGAAAAUGCUAUUUUCUGAUGUAUAAGAUUCUAUUUUCUCUCACUGUAUCGCACAUUGAUAUAUAUUUUCAUAGCUUGUUUCCAUAGAACAUUAUUUUAUGCACGCAUAACUAUCAUAGACGUUAUCUCUGUAUUACUAUAUCUAAUGAAUGAAAUAUAUAUCAGAGAUGGGCAAGCUUAUAAUGCAUCCACCCGUCCGUCUUCAUCACUUCUUAACAAUCUUAUUAUCGUUAAGGUAACUUUAAAAUUCACCGUGUACGUGUGGUUAGACUAGGUUUAUGGUAUAUUACAAAAAAAAAAUAGUUCUAUAUGUAUAUGUGCAUGGCAGUUUUAGCUGACGGUUGUUCGUAGUUAUUCGACUAAACAAUAAUAGUGAUAAGUCUUCACCCGUUUUAUAUGAUUUGACACGACCAAUGUUUCAUAUUCUGACAUCACUCCAUCUAUCUUCGUAUUAGAACGUACUCGAUGUGUAUUAGCUACUUCUAUACUACCCUAUAAUCCCUAAACUAUCUUCGUCUUCACUCUAAUUAGCAAUCAAUGCCUAGUCUGUGCUCUUGUUGUUGAUUUUGACUAGAUAAUAGAUUAGUAAAUUAUUUUGGUACGUAGUGAAGUCUAGAUAAUAAAACAUUGGACUUAAAAUCGCUGAUUGUCACUAAUUUAAAAUCGACGUAUCACCAAUUAUAUAUCGGAUUGUUUGCAUGAUUCAAACUAAGUAUAAGCUCUUGAAAUGUGUCCAGUGUCGUUUUCUCUUUAUACGUCCAUGUGUUUUUUGUGGUUGAUACCAAUAAUAUUUACUACAUUCAGAUUUUUGCCAACUGGAGUUAUAAAAUCAAGUCUAUUUAAUCUGGUUUACUUAUAUAUUAUAUAAUUAUUUGCAUAGUUAUUUGGUUUCUACGUUUCGGAUAUUCCAUUACUAAGAAAAUCACUGAAAUUGAGAUCUAUAUCUAAAUUUACUAUGAAGAUUUGCUUAUUAAUUAUGUAAACUUGUUAAACAUACAUUAAAAAUUAGGAAUAAUAUCAAAAAUACGUAUAUUCCGAAACGAGGAGUAAAUAAUUGUGUAAAAAUUUUAAAGGAAAUUAAUCUACUUAAAUAAUUUUAUUUCCAUGCAAUACUGUAUUUAGACGCUUCUAUAAGCUAUCUAAAUGUCUGUAUAUGUAAGCUUUCGAUGUUCAAUGUAUAGUGAAAUAUAUAGUUAGAUAUAAACUUGCUUAAUCGUGAUUGUGAAGGAAUUUGGGUGAUACCAAAUGGUUUCAAUGAGAUGCAUUAUUAAAAUUUACACUGAUUGUAUUCGAUGUUUUAAACUGUUACGAUCGGGUUUUUAACGUCAAGAUUAUGUACGAUGUUCUACAAAUAAAUUAAAACACUAUCACUGCUAAUUUCAACGAUAUUAUUAUACAAAGUACAUGUUCUCUUGCCCACUAUGUCUUUCAACAAAUAGAUAAAAUAAUUAUACACUAGUAUAUAUUGCAGCACACUAUUAAUUAUACAUAAUUAGUUUUCUUUAUAAAUAAAAUAUAUAAUGAAUAUCUAAAGAGGUAUAUACAAGGUAGAUGUGUAGCUUAGACGUAAUUGCACCUUAAACGAAGUAUUAUAAAGAAAAAAAAUACAAAAAAUUGUUUUCUUUUUAUUUUAAGUAGAAUAAUUUUAAGGUGUCUUAAAGUUAACUUCGACCAAUAUAGAUUUUUUCCUCGUGACAAAGAUAUCAGUUGAUCUUAUGACUCUCAGACUCAGGGUAAAAUAUAUUUAUAUGUACUGUGACUAUUGUUGUCUAUAUACAUAUUACAUAUUCGUUCCGUUACGUAGAUUAUUUAGGAUGAAUGAAUGACUUUUUGGCCUAAAUGGCUGACUUCACUUCUUCAAGAAUGAUAGUGGUUUCCAAUCCAUAUUUCUCAUUCCCUUGACCCUAUGUGGUUUAAAUUUUCAUUGUUGUUCUUAACCCUUAGAGGAGUAAUGAAAUGGUAGACUUAUACACUUUAAUACAUACCUUGUUAAACAAUUUAUUGUAAAUUAGCUUAUUAAUAGUUGCACUAGGUCUAACAUUAGAAAACGAACGUUAUAUGGAGUUGAUGCAUUGGUUGUCGGGUAAGCAGUUGUUGUCCCAAAUUUCUUGUGAAGCAAUAUUACGAGAGAAAGGAAACUACAACUGGUAUUUAACACUGAAUUAAUUGCAAACGUGACGAUUCGAAAGAAUCUGCUAAAAGUACUGUCAUAGAAAGUCUCCGAAUUGAAAAAUAUUCAAGUGAUGCCAAAGUUUUUCAAGAACAAAACAAAUAUAAUAAUCACCAGGCUAGUCCGAUAUCUGGGCAAGGUUUAGAGUCAACGACACUUGUAAUUACACUGACACGAGAGCUUUUUACACAUAUUGCCAGUAUUACUUCACAAAUUUAUUGUUAAUAUAUUUAGACACCAAACAAACACAGUGGUGGUUUAACAAAGAACUGAUUUUCAAGUGCCACAACUUUCAAUAUUGCGCUUUGAAUUUAUUUUCAAUGAUAAUUAACACGCCCUGUGUUGGUUGGUGUCACUUUUUGAUUUAAUAUCGAAAAAAUAUGUUACCAGAAGUACAAUCGAUAAAAUGGAUCGGUGAAACUUAACUGCCUCUCGAAAAUCUGCCAAUAUUGUUGUGAACUAUUUCUGAGCAUCGAUUCAUUUCGUCGGUUGAACCAAUUGUUUGUUCAAUAGGUUAGAUAUUGGCCAAUAUGAUCACUUAUAGAGCGUUAGCUUUUAAUAUUAGUGACAUCUAGUGUUAAAAUUGCAAGUUUUACCGAAAUUGAAGUAAAUAUUUAAAAAGAUGUGUAAGUAAAUUUGAAAUGAAAGUUGAAACCAUUUAAUACAUAUUAUGAACGUGGUUCAUAUGUAUGUUGUAUUGUUAUUAUAAAGGAGAAAUGGUUAGUAGUUUAUCCACGAUUACAUUUAACUUAGAAUUAUGGAUGAAAAACGAAAAAGGUUAUUGUUGAAAAUGUUUUUAGGUAAUUAAAUCGGAUUGAGCUUUUGUGAAAUCUUGUUGUUAAAAAUAAGUUAGGUUUCCGUUUGCUAUAUUUCUGGCUGUAUUAAAACUGCCACAAUAUUAUAAAUAUAUUAUUAAUCCUUAGUUUCCUUUCACGAAGUCUAUUCUAUCACUUGUGUAGUCUCUUAGUAGCUUUUUCGCUAACACUUGGUUCGUCUUACUGUUGCAUCGCAUUGUUAACUUUAUUUACAAGAUCCCUAUUAGUUAUGUAUAAAGGUUUAGAGGUAUCUAUUUUCACAUGAACUGGUGUGACUGUGAAAAUGGUAUAUCUACCAUGUUGUUAAAUAAUAAAUAAACUACAUUGUACCACCAA